UAUAGAUAAUAAUCUUCGAUAAAUGUCAUUAUUAAUAAAUACGUAAAUUCUUAUACGAUUAUUCAUUAACAAGAAUAAAUUAUAAAAUGACAAUAAAUAUUGAUAUUAAAUUAAAGCGUGCUAGUAAAAUAUAUCACGAAGGGGAAAUAGUUGCGGGUUUUAUAUUGCUACAAACUAAUUCGGAUGUUAAACACGAUGGAAUAUUUCUAAGUAUGGAAGGAGCAGUUAAUUUACAGCUCAGUUCAAAAAAUUUUGGCCUUUUUGAAGCUUUUUACAAUUCCGUAAAACCAAUACAAUUAGUUCAAUAUACUUUAGAUGUUGCUCCAAGUGGUAAAAUACCAAGUGGUAGGACAGAAAUACCAUUUGAAUUACCAUUAAAACCAAGAGGGACUAAAUCUUUAUAUGAAACUUAUCAUGGAGUUUUUGUGAAUAUUCAAUAUUUCAUACGUUGUGAUAUAAAAAGAAGUUUCUUAGCAAAAGAUGUGAACAAGUCAUUGGAGUUCAUAGUGGAGGAUAAAAUUCCACCUAAGAUACAAAAUGAACCUAGUAAACCAGUAUGUUUUAAUAUUAUGCCACAAUCUUUGCAAAAUAUAAGAGACCGAACCAAUAUACCUAAAUUUUGCAUUUCUGGGAAACUAGAUUCCUUGUAUUGCAAGAUUUCUGAACCUUUAACUGGAGAGGUGAUAAUUGAACAUUAUGAAGCAGUAAUAAAAUCAAUUGAACUGCAAUUGGUAAGAGUAGAAACAUGUGGUUGUGCUGAAGGAUAUUCCAGAGAUGCUACAGAAAUACAAAAUAUACAGAUUGGAGAAGGAAAUGUUUGUACAAAUUUGCCUAUACCAAUAUAUAUGAUAUUCCCAAGAUUAUUUACAUGUCCUACAUUGAGUACAAGUAAUUUUAAAGUUGAAUUUGAAGUGAAUUUAAUUGUAAUAUUUGAAGAUGAUUAUUUAGUUACAGAAAAUUUUCCCAUAAUAUUAUCAAGAUAUUAA